CGAGAUCUCUCCGACACUUCAACCUCCAUUCGAUUAACCCGUAAGUAUCUCUUCUCCUCCAUCUUCAUGUGAUUCUCUCUCCGUCGAAGCUGUGGUGAGAGAAACCAUGGGAUUCUGGACGCUAAUGGAAGGGUUGCUGCUAUUCGCAAACGCACUAGCUAUCCUCAACGAAGACCGUUUCCUAGCUCCAAAAGGAUGGACCCUCGCGGAGCUACACCAAACCGGCAAAAGAAACUCUCUCAAAGGCCAAAUCGUUGGUCUCAUCCACGCUUGCCAGUACAUGAGGCUCCCCCUCAUGCUCUUUAACUUAAUUGUCAUCGUCGUUAAGCUUUUCUCCGGUUAAAAACACACUAGUUUUUCUUUUCUUUUUUGUUGACCCUUGUCAGAACAAAUGACUUUUGUUGUUGAAAUUUAAAAAUCAAAAGCUCGCAUUUGUGUAUACAUUAUUGUUCUUUUACAAACACAAAGUGGAACAACA